CACACACUCACACGAGCUCUCGGCACACACACCCUGGGCUGAGUGGUUCUGCCGGCUGCAGCCGUGGGCCCCUGCUCACCGUGCGGCUGCCACUGCCUGCGAAAUGACGGCGGUUCCCCUCACUUCCAGGAAUCCACGCUUCCUGGAAGGUGAGUGGCUGGGCUCACCCCUGCCUGCCACCGAGACGCAGACAUGCACACACCACCCGCACUCCCUCGCCGUUUCCAAGGCGGCGGCCGCGUUCGCACCCCAGGGUCUCACCGGCAAGGGAAGGAUAAUCUGGAGAGGGAGCUCUCAGGAGGGUGUGCUCCGGAUUUCUUGCCUCAGGCCCAGGACUCCAACCAUUUUAUAAUGGAAUCUUUAUUUUGUGAAAGUAGCGGGGACUCAUCUCUGGAGAAGGAGUUCCUUGGGGCCCCAGUGGGGCCUUCGGUGAGCACCCCAAACAGCCAGCACUCUUCACCCAGCCGCUCGCUCAGUGCCAACUCCAUCAAGGUGGAGAUGUACAGCGAUGAGGAGUCAAGCAGACUGCUGGGGCCAGACGAACGGCUCCUGGAUAAGGAUGACAGUGUGAUUGUGGAGGACUCAUUGUCAGAGCCCUUGGGCUACUGCGAUGGAAGUGGGCCAGAGCCUCACUCCCCUGGUGGCAUCCGGCUACCCAACGGCAAGCUGAAGUGCGACGUCUGUGGCAUGGUCUGCAUCGGACCCAAUGUGCUCAUGGUGCACAAGCGCAGCCACACUGGGGAGAGGCCUUUCCACUGCAAUCAGUGCGGAGCUUCCUUCACGCAGAAGGGGAAUCUGCUGCGUCACAUCAAGCUGCACUCGGGGGAGAAGCCCUUCAAAUGCCCCUUCUGCAACUACGCCUGCCGCCGGCGUGACGCACUCACCGGCCACCUCCGCACACACUCAGUCUCCUCUCCCACCGUGGGCAAGCCCUACAAGUGCAACUACUGUGGCCGGAGCUACAAACAGCAAAGUACCCUGGAGGAACACAAGGAGAGAUGCCACAACUACCUACAGAGCCUCAGCACUGAUGCCCAGGCUUUGGCUGGCCAGCCAGGUGAUGAAAUCCGGGACCUGGAGAUGGUGCCUGACUCCAUGCUGCACCCAUCGACAGAGCGGCCAACUUUCAUUGAUCGUUUGGCCAACAGCCUCACCAAACGCAAGCGCUCCACCCCACAGAAGUUUGUAGGUGAAAAGCAGAUGCGCUUCAGCCUCUCAGACCUUCCCUAUGAUGUGAACCCCAACGGUGGCUAUGAAAAGGACGUGGAGCUGGUGGCGCACCAUGGCCUGGAACCUAGCUUCGGAGGGUCUCUAGCCUUUGUAGGUACAGAGCAUCUGCGUCCCCUCCGCCUUCCACCCACCAACUGCAUCUCCGAACUCACACCUGUCAUCAGCUCUGUGUACACCCAGAUGCAGCCCAUCCCCAGCCGACUGGACCUUCCAGGGUCCCGAGAAGCAGGUGAGGGACCCGAGGACCUGGGAGAUGGAGGCCCCCUCCUUUAUCGGGCCCGAGGCUCUCUGGCCGACCCCGGGGCAUCCCCCAGCAAUGGCUGCCAGGACUCCACAGAUACAGAGAGCAACCACGAAGAUCGGAUUGGCGGGGUGGUAUCCCUCCCUCAGGGCCCCCCACCUCAGCCUCCUCCCACCAUAGUGGUGGGCCGGCACAGUCCCGCCUAUGCCAAAGAGGACCCCAAACCGCAGGAGGGGUUACUGCGGGGCACCCCAGGCCCCUCCAAGGAAGUGCUUCGGGUGGUGGGUGAGAGUGGAGAGCCGGUGAAGGCCUUUAAGUGUGAGCACUGCCGCAUCCUCUUUCUGGACCACGUCAUGUUCACCAUCCACAUGGGUUGCCACGGCUUCAGAGACCCUUUUGAGUGUAACAUCUGCGGUUAUCACAGCCAGGAUCGGUAUGAGUUCUCCUCCCACAUCGUCCGGGGGGAACAUAAGGUGGGCUAGAGACCUCUUUCCCCGCCCCCCAGGCCUGCUCUCGGCCCCGCCCCCUCCACGCUGCCCCACCUACAGGUGUCUAGCCCAAUUCCUGUUACACCCUAAGGAGUUUUGCGUUGUAGCCCCACCCACUGGCCACCACCUCGCUUCACACUUGACUCUGACCGUCUUUGCCUGUUCCCUUCCACCCAGACCGAUUUGAGCAUUGCCUAUAUUUCUCCUUCUAACUUCUCUCUCCCCGGCACAUUUGCUUUUUUUUUAAUUAAUGACUUUUCCUUGGUCACUCCUUUACUCUUCUGCCCACGGCUCCCUUCUGCCCUAAGCCUAGAUUUUUUUUUUUAAUUUUUAUAUUAUUAUUUUAUUGUUUUGUGGAUCCCACAUCUUCCGACAGCCCCAGGGGUUGGAAGCUGCUCUCUGUGCUAAGAGACGCUUAGCUUCUUGCUUUAAUCCUCGCCCUUAUUUAUCUGACCCUUCACUCUUGAUGCUGAUACCUCCUGACAGCCCCACCUUAGCUCUGUGGCAUUAUUAUCUCCUCUCUGGGACCCUUCAGCCUGGCACUCCAUACCUCUCGUGCCCACUCACUUUAGGCAGCUUGCACUAGUCUUAAAUGAAUGAAGAAUUUCCUCAUUCGCAGGUAGGAGGGGCUGUAGAAACUCUCCCCAGGCACUGUGGACUGAGGCUUCUCUUGACCUCACCUGGCGUGACCUCACCUGGGAAUCGGAGCCCCCUAAAGACUACAUUCAGGACCUCCCUCUAGGAUGUGAUACCACCCUUCCCUCUCCCUGGCUCACCCCUCAACACCACUCUGGUCUCAACUUGCCACUCCUGUCAGUGGUGGCUUUUCUCUCCUUGGAAUGCCCCCAUUUUAUAAUCUCAGGGGCUAAGCCUAGGCCUGCGACCCUCUCUCUGACACGCCGGGAGCUGCAGGUACCUGGCCAAGAACCAGGGCAUGGGAAAGGGGAUGGGUAGAACUCUCUCCACCUGUCAAACUCUUUCACUCCAGUGACCUUCCUAGGCUCUCAGGGACUCCUCUGUCCCCAUCUUAUGAGAAACCAGUGGGUUGCUGCUCAGUGACCGGGGUCUCUCAACCCCACCAGUCACGCUGCCUUUUUCCUCUCCCUCCCAGCAGGACUCGGAGCCUCAUUGCCAGGCUCCUGGACCCUGUUAUGAUCAACGGCAGGGAGAAAGGGAUGUCUCUUUCCUCUCUACCAAUUUUCAGUAUAACCAAAAAUUGUCCCAGGAUGAAUAACACGUAUGUGCCCGUCCACCGUCCCACCCUUGCCCCAGCAAGAAUGGGACGGACACAACUGGGAGUCACCUCCACUGCCCUUCCAUACGUUAGCUCCAGACAUGGGGGAAGGAGAGGCAGUCUUCUCUGGUGGUCACAGACACUGGCUAUUCAGAUAAUCGAGGAUUCGUGAGACCAUGCAGGAGGAGGCCUAGCUCCAUUGCACGUGGAAGUCUCUCUCUACAGAGUUCCCUGGCAAGGCUACAAGCAUCCCACUCUCUGCUUCUUUGAGAUUCAAACCAAAGGCUGUUUUUCUAUAUUUAAAGAAAAUAAGAAAAGAAAAAAAAAAAAAAAAGAAAAGAAAGAAACCAAACACAACACCUCAUAAGUUAUAGUCUUGGUCUUCCCCUUCCCUUUCUCUCCCGUCCUUCCGUCCAUCUUCCUUUCCGCAUGCCCUUUCUUUCUCUCUUCUGCCUCUCCAACGCCUCACUCCCCGUCAGGAAUGGUGAGAGGCGUGAUAAACGGUGGGUAGAUCAGAUCCCGGGACUGGGGCUCUUAAGCACGCUGAAGAGAGUCUGCCUUCCCCUAUCAUGAGGAGGGUGAUGGGGUGAAAACCUUUCUUCCCUUCUUCCUUCCACGUGGCAUGGCUUCCUGUAAGGACCAGAUUAGCAGAGAGAAGCUUUGUGGACUGUUCUUCUUCCCUGGCAACGUAGCAAUAAGCAGGUGCUGCCAAAGGCAGAGAACAGGGUCUGAGCUCUGAAAGGAGUGGCCCUGAGAGAGGGGAAGGGUCCUCACAGCAGAACCUUGGCACUAAUUCCCUCUCGGGCUGGCAGCACAGCUGAGGUUACUGUCUGGGCUUCUCCUCGGAUGCUGGUUGUUGAGCCUCUUCCCAUUAGACCCGCUCCCACCUCUUCUGUGUCCGCCUGCCCGUGUAUCUGAGGAUACCUCGGAAGGAAGAGCUCCUCAGAGGCGUUAGAGCCUUAGAGAGCCCCACCCCUCCCCUUGUUUAGUCAGCCUUAGCACCUGUGACCUCCCAGGAACAGGAAGGACUGCCACUCCUCCGAGGCUAUGCUAAUGCCCAUGAGAGCAGAGGUGGAAGGGACAAGACCAGGUGCUCGGGAGGAGGGGGCGUCCCCGCUCUCUCCAGCCCACUACUGCACUUUAACCAGGGUCUUAGGUACAAAAUGCUACUUUUCAGAGCCUUCCAGCUCUGGACCCUCAGACCUCCUCAUGCUCUCUCCCAGGUCCUUUUGCAUAAAAACACACACACACAAAAAAAGUAAAGAAAAAGAAGAAAAUAACAACAAAAAAAACAAAAUGCCAAAACCCACGCAGAGAAAAGAGGUGUUCUCUGUUUUUAUCACUCUUCAAAAACAACACCACAAAAAAGUGGGGGGAAGGGAGAAAAUUUCUAAAUAGACACUUUUCCAGACCUGUUGUGUGUGUGUGUGUGUGUGUGUGUGUGUGUGUGUGUGAGUGCGUGUCAGUGUCCAAGCUGCAGUGGAAUUUUAUAAUACUUCUGGCAGCUUCUUUCCUUGUGUACAUAAUAUAUAUAUAUUUUUAAUCAGAAACUAUGAAGAUCAAAAAUAGAAUAAACACAGAAGCAAGUGCAAUACCACCUCUCCUUCUCCCCAGGGUUCCUCUGUAGCCUCUUCAGUGUCCCCUUUGACCCUUGACCUUGUCUCUCUUCCUCUGGUUUCUGACCUACCCUCCCCUUCCCUCUUUUUAAAGAGUUUUUCUCCUUUCUCAAAGGGAGUUAAACCAGUUUUUGAGACUUACUGCAAAACAUUUUGUAUAUGUAACAUACUGUAAGUAAAUAUUUGUGUAAUGGAGAAAUACUACUGUAAGUUUUGUACUGUACUGGCUGAAGGUCUGUUAUAAAUAA